AUGAAAGUAAAGACAAAAGGUAAGAAAUGUUUUUACUAUCAAGAAAGGGGUUAUUUUAUUAAAGAUUGUCUCGAAAGACUUAAUGAUUUGACGAAUAAGUCUAAAAUUGAUGAUGGUGCAGCCUUGGCCUAUAAUAAUGAGGUCAAUAUUGAUGAAAACUAUGUUGCAAUAAACAGUCCACCUAAUCAAGAAUGGAUUCUUGGCUCAGAUGACCUGAAAUAUCAUAUCAUGAUCAAUAUGGGAUACAUAAAAAUCUUGAGGGGCUCAAAGUUUAUUAUAGAAGCCCCCAAGAGACAUGAACUUUACAUUUUACAAACACAAAAUUUUAUUGAUUCCACUUCAGAAGCAAUUUUUGUUCAAAAUGAUAAGUCACAAAUGUGGCAUAAGAGAUUAGAUCAUGUUAGUGACAAAGGAUUGCGGAUUCUGAAAAAACAAGGUACCUUUGGAGAGGAUAAUAUUGAGAAACUCGGUUUUUGUGAUUAUUGCGUUUUAGCAAAGCACAAUAGACUUCCAUUCUUACCUGGAAUGCAUAAAUUUGUGUCAAUACUUGAAUACUUGCAUGUUCAUCUUUGGGGACCAACUUCUGUGCCUACUCACACUGAGUGGAAAAUACUGAUUGAAAAUCAAACUGAAAGAAGGAUUAGAUUACUAAGAACAGAUAAUGGUUUAGAAUGUUGCAAUUUUGAAAUUGAUGAGUUCUGCAAAAUGCAAGCUUUUGCACAUCAGUCUAAAGGAAAGUUAGAAUCUAAGGCCCUUAAAUGUGUCUUCUUGGGCUAUGGUGAAGGAGUUAAAGGAAAUGUGGUGUUUCAUGUGAAUGAUUUUCCUCGUUUAAAUGGGGAGGGAAAACAAGACACCUUAAAUCAGAACAAAAAUGUAGAAAGGGAAACUGAAAUUGAGAUGGGGCAGGUUGGAGAUGAAACUGAACAAUCGGAAGCUCAAAGCCUCAAAGUAAAAAUGAAAAUAAUGACACUUGGUGACGAAGGUUAUGAACUUGAAAUUGAGAAUGAUUUGGGAGCAAAUCAACCCUUAAGUAAUUACCUUCUUGCUAAAGAUAGACAAAGAAUAGAAAUAAGACCCCCUGUCAAGUUUGAUGAUGAACAAACUUGA